AGGCGGCUCUGGACCAAUCGCCACCGGGAUCCCGCCGCAGCUGGAGCCGUGUCCCCGGCAGCGACCGAGCCUCAGCCCAUGAUGCAGUCUGAAGGAAGGCAGAUGAAUGGAUCUCUGCAGGAGCUCUCCAAUGGGAUCGAUGAUAAUGAGAGAAAAUGGAUUAGACCAGACCUACCGAGUAAAUGCACCUGGCACCUGGGGAUUGCUCAAACCCAGUCCCCCCACAAUCACCAGAGUCUGCCAUCAACUCCUGACAUCCUGCCCAAUAUUCUCAGCAAAAUUGGCAACACCCCAAUGGUUCGCCUGAACAAGGUCCCUCAAGCUCAUGGGUUGAAGUGUGAGCUCUUGGCAAAGUGUGAAUUUUUCAACGCUGGGGGCAGCGUGAAGGAUCGUAUUGCCUUGAGGAUGGUGGAAGAGGCAGAAAAGGCUGGAGAUCUGAAACCUGGUGAUACCAUCAUUGAGCCAACCUCUGGAAACACGGGAAUUGGGCUGGCAUUGGCUGCUGCUGUUAAAGGAUAUCGUUGCAUUAUUGUUCUUCCGGAGAAGAUGAGCACAGAGAAGGUUGAUGUGUUACGAGCUCUCGGAGCGGAGAUUGUACGGACACCAACGAGUGCCAGCUUUGAUUCACCAGAGUCUCAUGUUGGUGUUGCCUGGAGACUGAAGAAUGAAAUCCCCAACUCUCACCUCCUGGAUCAGUAUCGGAAUCCUGGAAACCCACUGAUUCACUAUGAUCACACUGCGGAAGAGAUCCUGAAGCAAUGUGAAGGAAAAGUGGACAUGUUUGUGGCUGGAGCAGGAACUGGAGGAACAAUCACUGGGAUUGCCAGGAAACUGAAGGAGAAAUGUCCAGGCUGCAAGAUUAUUGGAGUUGAUCCAGAAGGUUCCAUCCUGGCAGAACCUGAACAUCUCAAUCAAACCGACGUCAGCACAUACGAAGUGGAGGGUAUUGGCUACGAUUUCAUCCCGACAGUUCUGGAUCAAUCAGUUGUGGAUAAAUGGUACAAGAGCAAUGACAAAAAAUCCUUUCAAAUUGCUCGUCAGCUGAUCAGAGAGGAGGGGCUGCUGUGUGGUGGAAGUUCGGGGAGUGCUGUCUCUGUUGCUCUGGAAGCUGCAAAGGAGCUUGAGGAAGGUCAGCGCUGUGUGGUCAUCCUCCCGGAUUCAAUCCGCAACUACAUGACCAAGUUUCUCAGUGAUGACUGGAUGACACGGAAAGGAUUCCAAGUGAAACCACCAACCUACUACAAGAAACCCUGGUGGUGGACAUGUCAUGUUGAGCAACUUAAUAUCCCGCCUCCACUCACUGUGCUGUCGUCAUUUUCCUGUCAGAGGACCAUUGAGAUUCUUCGCAAAGAAGGUUAUGAUCAGGCUCCUGUUCUCGGUGAUCGGGGGGUGCUUCUGGGAGUGGUGUCUCUGAAACAGAUGCUCAGCUCCAUCAUGGCUGCAAAGGUUAAACUAAUGGACCCAGUCACUCGCGUUCUCUGCAAGCAGUUUGGGAAGGUUGAGAAGAAUGAUGAUCUGGGGAAGCUGUCCUCUAUCCUGGAGACGGGUGCAUUUGCUCUGAUCAUGAAUGAGCAGGACCAGUCUGAAGUGGAUGGUAUUCACUGUAAGAAACCAGUCGUACUUGGUGUUGUGACCACAAUUGAUCUACUCUGCUUCAUCAGUCAGAAGGAGAUGGCUUUGAAAUGAAGGGCAGUCUUCCAUUCAGCAGACUUUGGUACAUUGUCUGGUGUGGAGCAGAAGGUUCCUUUUCUCAUUUAGCUGGUCUAGGCUCUGUUACACUACACUCAGUACUACAAACUAAAUACAGUAAUGAACUAUGCUUUAUUCCCAGCAGUCCUCAAAAGGCUGCCUACACCUUGGAAUUCCAAAAUGUUUUUUUUCAAUUUUAAGAGUACCUCAAAUCAUAGGCCAUUUGGCCUGAAACAUUAACUUUCCUGCUCCUCGGUUGCUGUCUGACCUGGUGCUUUUCCAGCUCCACGUCCAUUGAUUCUGAUUUGCUAUCUCCAGAUUGUACAGCUAUUUAUGUUUCAUUUAAAUGUACCUCAAUUGAUGAUUAUUCCUCUGUUUAAUGAAGUGUCCCCUGGAGUUUAUUGUCCUCUAUCCACUCCGUUUCCAGUGAAUGAUCAUGAGUCUGUAUUAUCACUGGAUUGACUUUUUUUUCUAUUCCUAGGUUAAGCUGCGAUUUAAUAAAUGAAUAUAUUUCA